AGUUUUCUAGCUUUUUCGAUCUAAGUUCUCAGGAAAGGUUUCUAUCAAUCGCGGCGGGCUCUUGACUUUAACUUUGAAAGAGAUCCAGAAUGUCUGGCAAUGGCUCUCUCCUUCCAGAUCGCUGCCUCGGCCGCUACAACUCCUCCAAGUUCUUCGCUUUCCUCUUCUAGGAAACCUAGGCUCUCUCCGGUGAUCUUGGUGCCUGGAGCUGGAGGGAACCAGCUGGAAGUUAAGCUUGGUGGAGAUUAUCAUGGUAGUCGCUUUGUGUGUAGGACUUUUGGGUUCUCGCAUUGGUUCCGGCUAUGGCUCAAUGUUCUUGGCAUCAUUCCUCCAUUCACACCAUGCUUUGCCGAGAGGAUAAGGCUCGAGUACAAUGGCGGGAGUAAGAAGUUUCACAAUCCUCCUGGGAUCACGACCAGAGUUCCUGGGUUUGGUUCCACCGAGACGAUGGAGUACCUCGAUCCAACCUUCAAGUUUCUAUCUGGCUACAUGAAUUCUUUGGUGGCAGCACUGAAAGCCAAAGGCUACGAGUCCCAGAAAACUCUCUUUGGAGCUCCAUACGACUUUCGCUACGCUCCGGGGCCAAACGCAGCGGAAGUGGCACUCCAGUUCCUCCAAGACUUGAAAAACUUGGUGGAGAAAGCCUCGAGAUCAAACAAGAACACGCCAGUGACGCUAAUCUCUCACAGCCUCGGUGGUCUCUGGGUGCUCCACUUUCUCAACUUACAGAGCUCCACCUGGAAGAAGAGAUUCAUCCAUCGCUUCAUCGCAGUGUCAGCUCCAUGGGGUGGCUCCGUCCAAGAGAUGCGAGUCUUUGCCUCUGGAUACACCGAAGGGGCCAACUUUCUGGAUCCUCUCGUGCUGCGAGACGAGCAAAGGAGCAGCGAGAGCAACCUUUGGCUGCUGCCAUCGCCCAAAGUUUUUGGAAACAAGACGCUGGUGGUGGGAUCGUCAAGGAAUUACACGGCGACGGAUCUGGAGGACUUCUUCCACGAUAUUGGGUACUCGAGGGGAUACGAGCACUACAAGACGAGAGUUCCCGGACUCUUGGAAGAACUGGCUGCUCCAGGGGUUCCAGUGAGCUUGGUUUUUGGCGUUGGAGUGGACACACCGGAGACUCUGGUGUAUGAGAAACAGGGAUUUGAUUACCAGCCCAAGAUGGAGUAUGGAGAUGGAGACGGGACGAUCAACUUGUGCAGCUUGAGAUGGGUGGUGGAUUCGUGGAAAAAAGUCGGGGACCAACAAGUAAAGGUGGUGGAACUUCAAGGGAAGACACACACGACGGUUUUGAAGGACGAGGAUGCAGUGGAAGAGAUUGUCAAACAAUUAGGUGAUGUCGAAGGACAAAACUUAAGUUCAUAGUGGACGUUUACCUUGAUUA